UCCGUCCGAUCAGUUUCGCAUGGUCCAGAUUUUGGCAAUGUCACGUUAUGACUUAGCUAGGCAAUGUCACCCAAGCUGAGUCCUUCCAAGUUCCAACUCUAGCCCUCCUCGGCGCCCAUCGCCAUCGCCAUCGCCAUCGCCCACCAAAUUAUUCCCAUUCCCUCCAUCGCCAGUUCGCCGCCGCUCCGAUGGAUCCACCCCAGCGGAUCUUCGGCGCCGCCUCCUCACCGCCGAUCGGUAUCCCGCCCACCUCCAUCGCCGCUCCGGUGGAUCCACCCCAUCCGAUCUUCGGCGCCGCCUCCUCGUCGCCGAUCGCCCACCGCAGUCUCCUUCCCACCCCCUCCGUCGCCACCGCCGUCGCCGUUCAGGUGGAUCCACCCCCACCCCAUUCGGAGAGUGAGCUUGUUCAAGCGCUAUCUGACAAGUAUAGAUUGCCCGUGAGAUUUUUACUGAGUUCCAUUCCUCCAACUUAUUUGUCUGCUUGGGAGUUAUCUGAUGGCAAAGCACAGGGGCUGGUUUGGUCUCAUAGUGAUGCACUUGAUAUAACACAUCAUUAUCAAUCUCUAGGCUUACAUGAGAUUAGAUUUCUCUACUCUGAGUUCAUUUCUCUGAGAUGUGUCCAGGACAUGGAGUAUAUGAUUGCUCGUACUCCAUUCUCUAUGCGGGUACUUAACCCUGAUGUGGCUAAAGAGAAAAGCCGAAUGCUGUCCAAGCUGAACGGCUACUGCUGUAGCCUUCGGGAAGCCCUUCGGCAGGUCCAGGCUGGGGGGAAUCUGGUGGAGAUGUUUAACCUGAGAUCCAAAUUUGCUCAGGAACAUGAGCUCUGCACAUGCAGGACAGAGCUGCUGCGGCAGAUGAAGGUGGACGCUCUUAACAGAGUCUUGGUGCUUGGAUUGGGUGAAGGGGCAUCAUCUGCUCACUCCGCUGACAUGAUUUGGAUCCUUAAACACCACAGACCAGAUGAGUAUGCUGUGGCAGUUAAUGAUGAUGGGACCGUCUCAUGGCCCAUUAUUCAUGGCCUCGUGCAGAACAUCAGGAACAUGAUGGGCAACAAGCUUACGUCGAACGAUACCUUGGCUAACUCCCGCACUUCCUUGCUUGGUGUGAUCGGCCGCUUCCAAUUUGAGCAUAAAGUCCAGGAAGUCCUUGAGAAGACACGCAGCCAUUCAACAGUUCAUGACAGAUCCUACUUCAAGAUCCCAGGUUGUCAUGGAUAUCAGGUCUCAGCUUGAGGUCCUAACACGUCUAAUGAACAAGAAGUCGCUAAUAGGGAGCUACCCAAUUAACAUGCCUGGUGACACCACUGGAGAAGGGGUCUUGGACAUUACGGUAAUCCAUGAGAAGAAAGAAGCUGCUGCCCCAUCUUCUGCCCCAGCUGCCGUCCCAUGUACUGCCCCACCUGCUGCUCCAGCUGCUGCCUCAACUGCUGCUCCAGCUGCUGCCUCAACUGCUGCUCCAGCUGCUGCCUCUACUGCUGCUCCAGCUGCUGCCUCUACUGCUGCUCCAGCUGCUGCCUCAACUGCUGUACCAGAUGAUGCUACCCCAGCUGAAGCAUCUGAUGCUUCUUCAGAUGAUGCUGGUGAGGAAGUGGCGAUCAUGAAAUUUAUGGAGAUGGAAGGGGAACCUGAAGAACAGAGGGCAAAGCGCUUCCAAAGAUACUGUGCAUCCCUUGACUUCUGUUUAUAGAGUCGUAAACACUAAGGUUGAGGCACUGGAUUGAGAUUGAGGUGACCAGACACGGGUGUGGGGGAGGGGUUGCGAUUUCAAUUAUAAUCUGUUGUUUCCAACUCGGAGUGAUACUCUUUAUGUUUUGUCAGGGAACUUGGGGGUGUGAUUCAGGCCUAAUCUUGCUUCCAUUUAGAAGUGGUACUCUUUUAUCACGGGUCUGAUUAUGUAAAUGAGAUGUGAAGCAUGCAAUUAAAAUACAUGUUUGCCUUUUGAAGUCUGAUUGAGGUACUGAAAUAUCAGUUUGACA